AAGGGUGAAUAAUGACUUCUGUAGGCGUGGAAUUCCGUCCAUGCGAAUUUCUUAAGACGGUUAGAUGCAAAUUUGCAAUCAUAAAUAGAUCUCCCAGCUGUUCUUCUCUUCAGUCUUGCCAUUGAUAUCUGAAGUAAACACCUUCAAUCUCAAUCCAUUGAAUUCUCUGUGCAUUGCAAAAAUGGUGUUAUCUACACUAGUAAAUGAAUCUACUAAUGAGGCGACAAAUUCAUCAAUGUUUGCUACACGUUACACGCAGACGGCCUUGCCAAGGUUCCGAUUGCCUGAAAGAUCCAUCCCUAAAGAUGCAGCUUACCAGAUCAUCAACGAUGAGCUGAUGCUGGAUGGGAAUCCAAGGUUAAAUCUGGCCUCAUUUGUCACUACCUGGAUGGAACCUGAGUGUGAUAAGCUCAUCAUGGCUUCUGCUAACAAGAAUUAUGUUGAUAUGGACGAAUACCCCGUUACUACAGAAUUGCAGAAUCGGUGUGUAAAUAUGAUUGCUGCACUGUUUAACGCCUCACUAGGAGAGGAAGAAGAGGCCGUUGGAGUUGCAACAGUGGGCUCCUCAGAGGCCAUUAUGCUUGCAGGUCUUGCUUUUAAGCGGAAAUGGCAGAAUAAACGCAAGCAGCAGGGCAAACCCUUUGAUAAGCCCAACAUUGUUACUGGCUCCAAUGUCCAGGUUUGCUGGGAGAAAUUUGCAAGGUAUUUUGAAGUGGAGCUCAAGGAAGUUAAGCUGAAGGAGGAUUAUUAUGUGAUGGAUCCUCAAAAGGCUGUGGAGCUGGUGGAUGAGAACACCAUCUGUGUGUGUGCAAUUCUUGGGUCUACAUACAACGGGGAGUUUGAAGAUGUGGAGCGCCUCAAUCAUCUUCUGCUGGAAAAAAACAAUAAAACCGGAUGGGACACUCCUAUACAUGUAGAUGCAGCAAGUGGUGGCUUUAUUGCACCAUUUUUAUAUCCAGAUUUACAGUGGGACUUUCGCUUACCCUUAGUAAAAAGCAUUAAUGUGAGUGGCCACAAAUAUGGGCUUGUAUAUGCUGGUGUGGGAUGGGUUGUUUGGCGAAGCAAACAAGAUCUGCCUGAGGAACUUAUUUUCCACAUCAACUAUUUGGGAGUUGAUCAACCCACCUUCACUCUCAACUUCUCCAAAGGUGCAAGCCAGAUCAUUGCACAGUACUACCAACUCAUUCGCCUGGGAUUCGAGGGAUACAAGAUGAUAAUGGAGAAUUGUAGAUCAAAUGCCAGGACUCUGACACAAAAUCUGGAAAGAACAGGGAAAUUCAAAAUAUUAUCCAAAGACAUGGGGGUGCCUGUGGUGGCCUUCUCGCUCAAGGACAACAGUGAGCACGAUGAAUAUGAAAUAUCAGAUCAUCUGAGAAAAUAUGGGUGGAUUGUUCCAGCCUAUACAAUGGCUCCAGAUGCUCAGCACGUCACACUUCUGCGUGUUGUGGUGAGAGAGGACUUCAACCGAACGCUGGCAGAGCGCCUGGCUGCAGAUGUUGAAAGAGUGUUGAAGGAAUUGGAGGAGCUUCCUCCUAAGAUAAUUCAUGCAGUUCAAGGCUUGGCCAUUAGUGAAGAAGAUAAAAAGGGGCAGCAGGCAAAAAAAGCGGUCACACAGUCGAAUGAUGGUGAUAGCCAUAGUCACAGGCGAAGAAAGGGACGCCAUGCCCGCCAUCCUCAAAACUCUGUGGAGAAAACAAAGGGCAUUUGCUGAAACAGUAGUUAGUCCUCUUAUAUGUUCUUAUUUUCAUUGGGUCCUUUGUGUUUGCUGAAUAAAUGUUUCCAAUUACUGUAAACUAAAUGUGUGUUUUUUCAUUUCUUUGAAGUUUUGUAGGGGUGCGAAGUUUUACUGUGGGUCAGUAGCUGUGAAUCAGCGUCGAAGUUUGUUAAGUUUUAUCAACUUUUAAAUAAAUAAGUGUCAUAUUUUAAGUA